GCGUAUGUCUUUUUUCAGUUAUCACCCGAGAAUUGUGCGACCAAAGCUACAUGCUAAAUUUGGCACCUACUGGCAGGGCGUCUUCAGUGACAAUCCUUUUAAAUCCGAAGGAUCAGAAGAAAGUUUGCAGACUAAAUAUUACAGCACCCACAUCUCAUGUUAUAAAUUUGCAAUGGCAAAAAGAAGCUGAAGAGCAAGAAAAUGACACAUUAGAUAGCUCCCCUUGUCCAUUAAGUGUGUUUCUUCCUGAUUAUAGAACCGUCUCAGUUUGGAAAGGUAACCCUUGCAUGAAAGAGAAACUGCCAGAUGUAGACUUGCUAACGCCCAAUCUAAUGCUCACAUGGAAUCCGCCGCGUUUUGCGAAACACGUGAGAGGAAGAAAAUUGAUAAUUACGGCGGUGGGGCAAGACGAGGUCUGCAUCCAAAAGAGGCAACACGUAUGCAUGCGAAUCGGGUGGAAGCCUAUGCUGUGUAUUUCCGAAGAAUUAGUUUGUGACGGAAACCUGAACUGUCCGAAGGGGUCGUCGAGAAGUGAUGAAGAUCCGGUAUUGUGCAAGUCCUUUUCACUGGAUCGCAGUUCUUGGAAACGUGUAGCGGAGGGCGUUAUCGGGAAAAACAAGUCCGAAAAACAGGAAGAUUUAAUGAGUCUGAAGGACGUAAAGUCAUACGAAGUUACGCUUCCUGACCAUGACCACCAUGACACAGGCGACUCCGUAUCGGCGGCGAUCGCCCAUUACGGUACUUGGGGUUACCUGAUGCUAGCAAUGCUAAUUGUUGGAACGAUACUUAUGUUUUGCGGAUUGUGGGAGUGUUGCUUCAGAAAACCUAAGCCGCAGCUGGACCUGCAACCAGCAGCACCAUCAACAACAGUUCUAAUUAUAAACCGCACACAAGACAGCUCUGGCACGCGUCCUCCAAACUAUGACGAAUUGGAUCAGCCCCCUCCAUACGCCGCUCUAUUCCCCCAUAACAAGACGAAGGUGGAGAGAGACAACGUGAUUAGGAGACACGAGCCGGUCACUGAGGAGUCGGUAAAUGAGGCAUUCUCAAGUGCAUGUGAUAGCAGUGACGAGCAAAGUGACUCGUACGUUAGUAUAGACGAUUCGAGCAAUCGACUUUAUAACUCAUCCAGCAGUAAUGAGUUGGAAAGAGUUAGUGAUAGACAUACUUCUCCUGUUUUUUGUAUUGUAACUAGCAUGUAGGUAAUUGUGAUAUAUUAUAGACUGAAAGGACUAAUCUGUU